AUGUCCGUGACCCUGCACACCAACCUGGGCGAUAUCAAGUGCGAGCUCUUCUGCGACGAAGUGCCUAAAGCCUGCGAGAACUUUCUGGCGUUAUGUGCGAGUGGCUACUAUGACGGCACCAUCUUCCACCGCAACAUCCGUGGAUUCAUGAUCCAAGGAGGCGACCCCACUGGCACUGGUCGUGGGGGUCAGUCCAUCUGGGGCGGCAAGUUCAACGAUGAGAUCCGCGAGUCCCUUAAGCACAACGUGCGUGGAAUAUUGUCGAUGGCCAACAGUGGGCCCAACACCAAUGGCAGCCAGUUUUUUAUUUCAUACGCCAAGCAGCCACAUUUAAACGGGCUCUACACCAUCUUUGGCAAGGUCAUACACGGAUUUGACGUACUCGACCUUAUGGAAAAGACGAAAACAGGCCCAGGGGACAAGCCACUUGCAGAGAUUAGAAUUAACAGAAAUCCGCGCCGUCGCGAUCUUGUACGCUUCGUUCGGAUUGGAGUUCAUUACCGUCCGCCGGCGAAAUUCUCCCCGUCGGUGCACUGCACGCCAUACCGUGACGCGAUGGCAUGGCAACGUCGUCACCGCGGGCUGGACGCCAUUUUCACGGUCGCUUGCUUCUUAGCGACCAUCUCGCUGUGCUCAGGCGGCAUACCGUACAACGUGUCGCUGGCGAGCAUAACGCUGUUCCACGAGUACAGCUGGUUCACGGCGCCCGCCGUCUACCUCUCGUGCGGCGACGGCAGCGGCGGCAACCGCACGGAGCUGCCCGGGGUGAACGCGACCAUGCAGUGGUUCAACUUCACGGGCAACGAGUCGUGGCAGCCGGUGGCGAAGCUGCACAGGGAGGAGUGCACGGAGUGCGGGCUGUACGAGCACGAGUGGCUGGGAGACGCCAUCUACGACACGUGGACCGUGUGCGCCGCCAACUUCAGCAGCCGGGAUGAGCGCGGCAUCUUCACGCACGUCGUGCCCUCGCGCUUCCACGUCAACCUUGCGUGCUAUGAGUGCAACCACGCGCAGUUCCAGCGCAGCUCGGUCUAUGGCGCCGGCACAGGGGACGGCGGGGCAGGCAGCAUGAGUGUGUUUCUGUGGAUGGGGCUGGCGGUGGCGGGGGCAGGGCUGAUGAUUCUGCUCAUUGCCGCCAUCGUGUACCUGGUCACCGAGGCAGACGAGCUGCUGGAUGAGAGCGAGAAGAAGCGCUUCAUUGAGAUGAGCGAGGAGGGGCAUGGAGAGGAGGGGGGUGAGGGGCACGAGGGGCAGGGGGGGCGGGAGGGGCGUGGUGGUGAGGGGUAUGAGGGGCAGGAGGGGCGUAAUGCUUGCAGCGAUCGAUACUCGGACGAAUCUGGGCUGUUGAAAGUCUGA